AAACACUAUGGCGGAAAAUGCACGAGAGGCCCUGAUGGCAGCCCUGAGGAGAUUAAGCAGCAGCAGAUUCAAGGAGUUUAAGGAGAAGCUGAGCACCUGGGAUAUACCUCUGGAGUAUGAGCGGAUCCCGCAGAACCAGUUACAAAAAGCAGGCAGGACAGGGGCUGCUAUUCUUAUUACAAGCUUUUAUGGCAACGAAUAUGGACUUUCAAAGGCAUUCCAUCUAAUAGAUACAAUCUGCCUCAGUCAGGAGUGUAAAAGUAUAACUGCAAAGAAACAUGGACGGAUAUUUCAGGGUGACAUCUUCCGUCGGAAAGCCAUACCAAAUCAGCAGCUGGAGUAUGGCAGUAAGAGUGACUACCUCUCUCCGGACAAGAAACCCUCAGAGGAUAGUGACUGGGAAGAAAUGAUGAGCCUUUGCCCUGGUCCGAUGACUAAAGUCCUCAAAGAUAAUAAAGAUAAGAGCAGGGUUCUCCACCACAGAGGGACACCUGCAUCAAUACCAAGUGUGAUACCAGCAACCUCCAGUGGCUCCAAAACCCAGGGGAAGAGACCAGAAGGGGACAUGAGUGAUAAACAGAACAGGUUAGACACUUACCAGGGACAUCAUUUCCCACAUAACAACCAGCGAAGCUUGUCCCGGGCAGGAUUCUACUAUGUGGGGCCUGGGGACCGGGUGCGGUGUUUCUCCUGUGGGGGAGAGUUGGAGAAUUGGAAAUACUGGGCUGAUCCCCUCACCCGACACCAACGCUCCUUCCCUGACUGCCCCUAUGUGAAGGGGCAAGUAAAGAGGGAAAAGUUCCAAGUAAGCCCAGUGUCCAUUACAGAAGGAGAAACUUUGACACAAGUGUCCCCUAGCUACUCCAGCAUCUUUGGGGAGAAGGACAAAUCCCUUGGGAGAAUGAGUGAUCAAUACAACAGGUUAGAGACUUACCGGGGGCACAGUAACAAUUUCCCACAUAACAACCCGCUGAGCUUGUCCCGGGCAGGAUUCUACUAUGUGGGGCCUGGGGACCGGGUGCAGUGUUUCUCCUGUGGGGGAGAGUUGGAGAAUUGUGAGUUCAGGGAUGAUCCCCUCACCCGACACCAACUAUCCUUCCCUGACUGUCCCUUUGUCAAGGGGCAAGUAAACAGGGAAAAGUUCCAAGUAAGCUCAGUGCCCAUUACAGAAGGAGAAACUUUGACACAAGUGUCCCCUAGCUGCUCCAGCAACCUUGGGGAGAAGGACAAAUCCCUUGGGACAAUGAGUGAUGAACACAACAGGUUAGAGACUUACGGGGGUUACAGUUGUCGUUUCCCCUAUAGCAACCCGCAAAGCUUGUCCCGGGCAGGAUUCUACUAUGUGGGGCCUGGGGACCGGGUGCGGUGUUUCUCCUGUGGGGGAGAGUUGGAGAAUUGGGAAUACUGGGAUGUGCCCUUCACCCGACAUCAACUCUCCUUCCCUGGUUGUCCUUAUGUGCGGGGGCUAGUAACAAGGAAACACUACCAAGUACGUCCAGGACUCCUUGCAGGAGAUAGUAUGACACAAGUGCACCCCAGCAGCUCCAACAUCUUGUGGGAGGAGAAACUCCUUAGUGACAUGAGUGAUGAAUACAAAAGGUUAGAGACUUACCGGGGGUACAGUAACAAUUUCCAGAAAAACAACCCGCUGAGCUUGGCCUGGGCAGGAUUCUACUAUGUGGGGCCUGGGGAUCGAGUGCGGUGUUUCUCCUGUGGGGGAGAGUUGGAGAAUUGUGAGUUCAGGGAAGAUCCCCUCACCCGACACCAACUCUCCUUCCCUGACUGUCUCUAUGUGCUGCACAAGGAUCACGCUAUGAAGGACCUGAAAGCAUAUUUACAGUCUCAGAAAUUCCAAACCACGGCAUUCUCAUCUUCUGUAACAGAUUAUGAUAACAGCGAGCCUGUGAAACGGCAUUUCGGCAAGUGCACUGACCCCCCAGUCUCUUCCUUAUCUAGAGACCCACCCCUGAGGGGCUGUAAUAAACGGGGGAAGAAGAAAAAAAAGAAGAAGAAAAGAGUUCAAGAAAAAACAGCUUUUGAAGAAAUGCAAGCAGAAACUGCUGGGGGGUUAACAGAAGAAGUUGCCAGAGGGUUGGAAGACAGUUCCAUUGGAAAGUUGGAAGAGAGAGUCACUGGAGAGUUGGAAGUAGAUUUUGCUGAAUGGUUGCAAGGUAGUUCCGCUGAAGAGUUGGAAUAUAGUUCCCUUGAAGAGUUGGAAGAUGGUUCCACUGGAGAGUUGGAAGAAGGCACUGUAGGAAAGUUGGAAGAACACGUAAUAGAGCAAACAAAGGAGCCUUGUGAUUGGUCCAGCAGAAGUGUCAUGGAAUGUAAGCUCUGUGGAAAGGUUCCUGAUGCAAUCAAAGUUCAUACUAGAAAAGAUGGUGAUAAAUACAGACUGGAGUUGCCAUAUGAAGGUCGGUUCUGCUGCUCAGAAACAGGAAUACGGUUCUGUGUGGAAUCCCCAACCAGUAUUGAAUUUGAGUUUGGUUCCUGGGAUGAGUAUUUGGGACAUUUGGAGCAAUACUCGUAUCACAUAGUCAGCCCUCUAUUUGACAUCACAAUAAAAUGUGGAUGGGUAUCAGAGGUGUAUCUUCCUCACUAUGUUUGUCUAGGAGGGGGACACGUUGUUACUGAGGAGUUUAAGGUUGUACAUUACAAAGAUGACAAUAUGGUACUGGAGACACCGGCAGAAGUUUUGCCAUUUUAUGUUGUACUGAAACAGCCGACCUUCUCCCCAAUUGGGAUCCUUCUAUUAAGGAAAUUGCCCAGUAGAGUUCGACGUAACUUCCCGACUCACGGAGCCGUCUUUUUAUACAGCCGAUACAUCACUGGUUAUACCCUCCACCUGUACUUCAUGCCAAUGGAUCCCUCCUUAAAGAAGGCUUUGGACAAGGAAGAGGGUGAAAAUGGAUUUUCCUGGGUUGCCAAACCACCCAAAACAAGCACGGUGUUCAGCCGUAGGAUAUAUAUUGUGGAAGGACCAGAUAAGGCAAAAAUAAAGCCAAAGGGUCUCAGGCUGAGUUUUGGGGACUGUCCAGCACUGUAUCAUUACAGUGAGAUCUACUUACUGAACGUCGAUGAAGAACUUUCCUUGAGUUUGACAUGCACAACAAGCCAAAAAGGCAUUUGGGAUGCUCUACUAAGAAGAGAAGACUUGACGCCAAGAUCACAGAUGGAACGAGAUGGGCAGCACUUUAUAAAUAAUCACCGAGCAGAUCUGAUUGCCAGGGUGUCCCUCAUUGAUCCUGUACUGGAUGAUCUCUUGGGUGAUAAGAUCCUGACCCAGGAACAAUAUGAUACAGUGAGAAGCAACAGAACCUCCCAAGAGAAGAUGAGGCAACUCUAUGAGUAUGUCAGGUCCUGGGGGAAGAUUGAAAUGGAGAUGUUCUACAGCACAUUAACAGCACACAAUAAAGCACUCAUCAGGGAUCUUCUACAAUGAGAGUCCUCUGAACCACAGAUCUAACAAGCACAUGUGGUCUUUGAUUGGAUCAAGGACAGCUGUUGGCAGGGCAGGCCAGGGCGGCCAGGCGCCCUAAACAACCUGGCGGGCAAGCCUUGCGCAUGUGCGUGAGCGACAGUGAGUGAAGAGAUAGACAGGAAGGAAGGGGUGAGUGAUGGAGGGAGGGGACAGCAACA